AUGAAGGGAUUCCUUCUGCUGGCCCUGCUCGUAGCCAAAGCCGGUUGCCAGUUCAAUCCUCAUUUUAAAGCGAAACACCACACAAUCGUACAGCUGUUCGAGUGGCGCUAUGAGGACAUCGAGAACGAGUGCCGCACUUUUCUCGGUCCGAACGGAUUCGGCGGUGUUCAACUGUCGCCAGUGAACGAAGUGCGCACAAGUAAAUCGCCAACCUGGACCGACCGGUACGAGCCGGUUUCAUACAAACUGACCAGCCGUUCCGGCAACGAGACCGCCCUUCGUACGAUGAUCGCCGCUUGCAACGAGGCCGGUGUGCGAGUUUACGUCGAAGUGGUACUGAAUCACAUGGCCCGGGCCAGCGAAGGACCGUCAACGCACGGAACGGCGGGUUCCAUCGUCAAUCCGGCCGCCCGUGACUAUCCCGAUGCACCGUACGUGGCGUCCGAUUUUAACGAUCCUUGUCGCAUCACCAACGUUAACGAUCCGCACGAGUUACGCAACUGCUGGAAAGAGGAUCGACCCGAUCUGAACCAAGGACUCGUGCGCGUUCGCCAACGGAUCGUGGAUUUCCUUAAUCGCCUGCUUACGCUGGGCGUGGCGGGUUUCGUCGUCGAUUCCGCGCUCUACAUGUGGCCCCACGAUCUACGGGCAAUAUACGGUCGGCUCCAGAACCUGAUCACAACUGCCGGGUUCCCACCGGGGGCCCGUCCGUUCAUUUGUCAAGAUCUUUCGUACCAUCAGCCGGGUGCAGUUCCGGACAUCAGCUGGAGUGAUUACGCCGACCUUGGCGUAAUCGCGCAGGAUCGUUUUGCAAUCGACAUUGGUGACGUGUUGCUGAGGCGAAAACCGUUUCACUAUUUCGUCCAUCUCGGUACGCGUUUGGGUUACGUCCCACGAGAGAAGGCGCUGGUCUACGUGAACAAUCCACUCCUUCUUCGUCAACCGGAUGCCGAUGGCGAUCUGUUGGUGGUUUCGAUGCGCAACCAGCGUGCUUACCGGAUCGCGCUGGCAUUCCUACUGGCACACCGUUACGGAAUGGCCCGUGUGACGAGUUCGUAUGAGUUUUCUAACCUUGCCGAAGGGCCACCGGUUGACGCGCAGGGACAGAUUAUGCCGGUACGGCUCGAUGAAACCGGCCAGUGCCACCGGCCGUGGAUCUGCGAGCAUCGGUGGCCGACAGUCCAGAAGAUGGUGCACUUCCGGCGGGCCGCUAACGGAACGGCCGUGGCGAACUGGGUAGACAAUGGCCAAAAUCAGAUCGCUUUCUGUCGCGAUCGUGUGGGAUUCGUGGCGUUCAAUGCGGAGAUUUCUCUCACUCUAAAGGCCAACCUGCACACGUGCCUGAAGGCCGGCUCUUACUGCGAUCUUAUCAGUGCACCGCCUGACCGACUGAGUGAAAAUGGCGUGUGCACCGGCACGACGGUGCUGGUAGAUGCCAAAGGGCGAUCGGACAUUUUUAUCAACACACAGCUGGAACAACCAUUCAUAGCGGUGCUGGCCUCCGGAUAA